AUGUGUUCUAUGCGAGUCCAGGACGGAGCCAACUCCCCCUCCAUUAAAGAAUGGGAGCCAGUCGACUUGACCACUCUAAGAGCAAAGGAUGUCAAGGAAGCGUCACCCUCGCUUGCAGAUCUUUCUAGCGCUCAACGCCAUGCGAGUACAUCACAGCCUCGGUUACCUCCAAACCCAGUAGAUCGGAUUUUCGGACCCAGAUCGAGUCGAAACAUAAAAAUUGAACGGGAAAAAAAAAAAUGUUUUGUGCGUCAGAUUGUCACGCUGGCAGUUAUGCUGCCAGAUGAGAGCUUCGCUGUAUUUCACUUAGCCUUGGGAUCCAGUAACAAGAAUGACAACGCGAUGUUUGAUCGGGAGAUCAAAAUGCAAAUUGAUCGAGAUGAAAAGAGCAAAAGUUUUGAAAGUUGUCGGCUGAGAAAAGCAAAACUUUUGAAACAUUUAGAGCUCGGAAAUUCCAAGUCCGACCGACCUUCUCCCGACGCAGUUCACUGCGAAGAAUGUUCUCAAUCAGCCCCUUCAACGAGGUCCAAACGCAUAGAACAUCGUAGGAUGUACAAAGCUUGA